UUGUACAUUAAAAAAAAAUAAAACAAACUAGACUUAUAAUAAUUAUAUGUAUAAUACAACAAUAUACUUACCUUGAUACUAGACAAUAUCCUACUUCAAGCAUGCACAGGAGUUUUCUUUCACAAUUUAUUUGUUGAAAAGGUUUGUGGAGAUAAAGAGAUGUGCACCUAGCGAUAAAGACAAUUAAAAUAUAACGUGCCGCUUGUAAUUUUACGUUCAGGUAUCCACCUGAUUCGAUUAUCUAUGCCCCCAUGUAUUAGCGGAUUAACCAGUGUGGUAAACAAAAGUUAUACGCGCGCCAUCUGGUAAGUACGUAAUACCAAUUAGUUAAAAUUGAUUAUAACUGUCAACUGACAACUGUGUAGUAUAACACUUCUUUCUUAAAUAUAAAGUCAAAAAAUGCACACGUAUUUAUUGUUAGCUAUAGUGUGGAAUAUAAUAACAAUUAUAUCCAAUGAAGACACAAUAAAAUCUAUAGUCUUGCGUCACAUGCAUUUUGUAUGGUGGAACAGCCUACAGCCGGAAUCCGAAACGCAGAAUUUUGAUUUCAACUUUGACCACGCGUGGCGCUAAAUACUUUAUUAGCAUUAAAAUCAGCGCGGCAGCCGGCAACCUAGCGCGAACUCCAUUGUCCAUUGUCUCUAUCCGGCCGUUAUUUCGAAAUAACGAUUCAGACGUGCACACACCGGCACUGAAAGAUUUGUAAAGCAUCUUGUUUUAUUGUUUCCGAAAAAAUGAGUGACAAGCAAGCACUGUUGAACAACAUGGCUGAUUUGCAAAUAAGGAAUGGAGGUAAGAAAAGGCUCUUUUAAAAAAUUAAUAAUCUCCAAGUAAAUACGUGUUAAAAAAAGUGUGAAACUUUGCUCAAUUGCGACUUUGCUGUGAUUGCUAAAUUUACAGAAAAUGCAAACUUGAAUGGUGGCCGAGAUGAUCUUGAUCCUGACUUCGAGGUGGAAAAUGAUAGCAUCAACGGCGAGCAGCAAGAUCUUGUUGAUCCUGACUUUGACGUAGACAUGAGGGAGUUGCAGGAGUUGGAAGAUAUUAAUCCUCAAAAUCGUUUCAUUUUACAAGGACCUCUGCAUGGUCAGUUCGCUGGACGGAAACCAUUAUUAGACAUAGAUGCUGCUCGUAAUGCACAAGGACCUCGGCAGAAUCAGCAAAACGCUAUCGUUGGCCAGGUUCCACUACUCGUAGGCCAGGGUACUGCUGAUGGACCUCAAAGACUUCUGCAGGCUCAGCGCAAUGGAAUUGGUGGCCAGGGUCUCCCUUAUGGGGCUCAAGAUCUUUGGCAGGCUCAAAAUAAUGGUGUCGCAGGACCAUUACAGCGAGCUGGUGCUGGUGUUCGAAAAUCUAUACAGGGUCAGCAUAAUAACAAUAACGGACAAAAACCACCACAGCCCCAGAGAGAGGCUGCUGGUCAACGAAAACCUCUGCAAAAUCUCAACAAUGGUGAAGAAAGGAAUGCUGGAGGAAGACAGCAGGGUCAAGCAGAAGGACGUGCUAGAGAAGGCGAACCUCUUGGCAGAAACCAGAAUCAAAAAUUGCAGGUGUGAAACGUGGUAUCGUGGAAAGAGGGCUGGUCGUAACCUGAGAAGAAAACCACCACUCAACCCUUAUCAACAAGGAUUGAAAAAUGUUGCAGAACUGUUUCUCAACAUGGUGGAAGAAAGCACUAACCGCACAAGGGCAGCCCUUCAGAGAGAAAGGGAGUUGAGAGAGAGAGAGGGGGAGCUUGAUGAAGAAGAAGAUGAUGAGGAAGAAGAGUAAUUGAAAUUUGAAGUUCAGAAAAUGAUGCAUUAAUGUUCACCAAACAUGCAUGUAGUGCCUAAGUUUAAUUACAUUUUGUAUUUUCAGUUUAUAAAUUAAAUACUUGCAGAAAUAAAAUAAAAUAAUCAAAAAUGGUAAA